CCAGCGACACUCGCGCGCCGACGCCCGCAACUAAAGCACGUUCUUCCGACCGACGCCCGUGUCCGGUGUCGUAUUACCGCUCUAAAUAUAUCCCGCGAGCGCGAUCGCCUAUUUGGAGACGGUGUUGCGGCGUGUUUUGUACCAGUGAUUGACAGUGCCGAGUGAAGAAUCUAGCUUAAUUGACGAACUCGACCGUCGACAUGGCACAGUUGAUAACUGUGCGACUGAACAAGUCCGAUCAGCAGCCUCUUGGCUUCAGGCUGCAGGGCGGCAAGGAUUUCGGCACUCCGCUGGUUGUACAGAAGGUGAACGGUGGGAGUGCGGCUGAGCGGGCGGGUUUGCAGGCUGGGGAUGCGCUCAUUCGAGUCAACAAUACUGACGUGUACUCCCUGAGACAUCAAGAGGCACAGGACGCUAUACGCGCUGCUGGCGGGAAUCUGGAACUGACUGUGCAAAGAGGUGGUGGUACGUGGCGUCCUACCGUCACUCCUACUGGAAGCCUCCCUCGCCCGGGAUCUCGUCCACUGGGUGCCGCCCCCUCUCCAGUCACCAGCACCUCUCUGAAGGCGACCCCUCAACCUUCGAGGGCCUUCGGUUCUGGUCACAACAACGUCGCCAAGCCGUUUGGAUAUAUGAAUGGCAACGAUUCAGUGAAGAGCAUUGUCAACAAACAGUACAACACACCUGUUAGUAUGUACAGCGACAAAACUAUCGCCGAGACACUCUCCGCCCAGACCGAGGUUCUUGCGGGCGGUGUUUUGGGAGUGAACUUCAAGAAGAACGAAAAAACUUACGACGCUGAAAAAAGUGCUGUGUUCAAGGUGUUGCAAGAGGCUGAAAACGAUCCUGAGCCAGAGGCGCCUCGGUUCCUGCCGUCUUCGAGGCUGGCUCACUUGGCGCCCGAGGCCCCCCACCGGCCCAGCAUCCCACUGGGCUGUUCUCGGGUGUUGUCGGACGGCCGCGUGGCGCUGGGCCCCCCCCAGCCGCCCCACGGUCCCCUCAACGCCCCCACCGAGGCCCCGCACUGCUCCGAAUGUAACGGCCACAUCGUGGGUGUGUUCGUCCGUAUCAAGGACAAGAAUUUGCACGUGGAGUGCUUUAAGUGCGCCACGUGCGGUUCCUCGCUGAAGAACCAGGGUUACUACAACCUGAACGGGAAGCUGUACUGCGACAUCCACGCCAAGCUGGUUGCGAGACAGAACCCGCCCGCACCGAACUUGGAACCCGUCACUGUAGCUCCCGGUGGCCGCGUGCCGACGAACGCUUACUCGACUCCGCUGCCACCGCUGUCCACCAACAACUACACCAACGGAUCAUCAUCGAUGUUUAGCCCAUCUAGUAAUCUGUCUGGUCCGAAGCCGUUCGGUUCGUCCCUGGGCACGUAUUCUCCGUCGUCGUUGUCUCCUCGCUCGGCGCCGCUCUCUCCCCGGACACCAAACUCUGCACCUGCAACUGCACCUGCACCGGCCCCUGCACCACAACACGCGUUCGCACCAAAGGCCCCAGGUUCCCUUUUUAAAGCCAAAAACGUCAAAAGCAUUGUGUGGCCCCCUCCUAAUCCCUCAGAAGAUGAACCCGAAAGUGAACUUAAUCUAAAUUGUAAUCAAACCUCAUUACACAGUGAUUUCACUUCUUUAUCUGAAGAAACAAUAACACAAAAUACCAACAAUAGAAAAAUAACUGCUAAUGAAAUAAAGACUACGGAUUCAUCUAUAGCUCCGUUGUUGCAAACAAUGGAGUUUUCUUCAAACGCCUUAUUUGAUACGACGCAGAUGGCAUCGUCUACCAUAAAAUCACAAACCGCUGUUCAGAAACAACGAUCUGAGAUUAAACAAGAAUUUUCAAGUUGCACCGUUCAAUCGUACUCACAGCAAGCUUCUGAUUGCAAACAAUUUUCUGUCUAUCAAAAUGUUGUGGCACCAGAAGAAAUGAAUAAGAGAAAUAACACCAUGGAAAAAUCACGACUUGAACAUAGUUCAAAUGUCGUGCAAUCUAAAUUUAAGACGGGAGAGAGUGUGUCUCAAAACUUUCCUCCUCUCAAUGCAAAUACUUCAAACACAAAAAUGCAGCCAUGUUGGAAUAAAGUAAGCGAUAAUAAAAUACAAACUAAAGAAAAUCCAAUGUCAUCAAAAGUGACACAAUCAGGUGUUAAGGCACCCGAAUCUAAGAAGUCUAUAAGUGGAAAACCCCUGGCUGGUACAGCAAAAACCAAUACUUUGCAAAGAGGAUCCCUGUUAGAAGCCCUUACUAUAGCUCCAGAUCGACCAUACAGUCCAUUAUCGUUUCAUAUACCAACAGUGCAUUACAAUAAGUUUCAAUCCGGAGAAUACCAGCCUUUGUCAUCUGAAGCUGUGCCAUCACUAUCGUUUUCGGAAUGUAGUCAAUCUAAUCAAUCAAAUCAAACUUCAGAACAAAGUGCAAUACAAAAUUCUGGAAUUUUGCAAUCAACAGCAGCAACUUCAGCAUUCAAACCGGUGUGCAAACAAACGUUUCCACCUCCAAAACCACAAGAAUUAUCGUCACAACCUUUUUCUAAUUUAAGUAACCAAAGUAGUGGUUAUAAAGAUUUCUCUCAAUCAAAACAGGAAACAGUACAGGAGUUUAAACUGUCACAAAAUAAAACGCAACAACAAGAAUCCUCUAUUUCUACAACUGCUUUACCCAGAUCAGAGGGUAUUCCACAAUAUCAACAAGUUCUAGUACCAGAAGUAUAUAACCCAGAGCAGCAAAAGUCUUUCACGCCAAACAACCCAACAAAUAAAGUCGCUAAAACGGACAGACCGAUGACUUUCCAACCAGUUGUAGAUGAAACAUCGCUUAGAAUAUCACCUGCUCGGAGCCGUCCAACAACACCAGGUAUGAUCAAUAAGCCGGCUCCCAUAAUACCUCAUUAUCAAAUGAAUUUAGUUUCUAUUGAGCAUCAAGCUCCAGAAAGCCGUUUAUACAAACCUGGUAGUACUGAAGUCAGUCGUUCUUCAACUCCCAUAGCACGAUGUCAUUCUCCGGCACCUGGGCCUCCAGCUAAUCCUCUAAAGGCACAAGCUCCCAGAAUAAAACAAACAUCUCAAUCUACCUUUGAACAAGCACAAUCUUGCAAUAAGCAAUUGUCAAACAUCCGAAAAGAACACGAGAUGUCAGGACCAGAGUUACAAUCUCAGAUGUCAUCGUUUAGUCCUUCAGAUUUAAAAACUUAUAACCCGAAUCAACCCACGGUUAUAAAAGACGAAAGACAAGCAAAUGUAGAAUAUCGCACGGAAAAUUAUAGUCAAGGUGAUCUGAAUAUAAAAGAAGACUCUAUGUUAAAUCAGAACUAUGGCGAAAAACAAACAGAAUUUCAAAAUAUAAGUGAAUAUGGCGACACUACCGUUCAAACUACAAAAAAAACCUUCGAAGAAUACGAAAGCUCACAAUCCGCUAAGGUUAUAGAAAUUCACAAGGGCGAUUCACAAACUUACUGUUUAAAUCAGCCGAUUGAUUCUAAUACGCAACCAUAUAAUUCUAACUCCAAGCAGGUGUUCCCCCCUCCUCUUUCAACCAUGACUCCAACCCAACAAAACUUACUUCGUACUAAUGACAGUGUUGUCAAUGCUAGUAAACGAUCAGAAAUGUAUCAACCAACUCCUUUUAUAUCUGGUGCUAACCAAGGUCCAGUGUGUGAUCCUACCCCAUCAACAGGUUCCAGUGUAGGAGCUGCGGCUCGUGGUAAAGCUUUUGGCGUUUCAUCAGCUCCAAAACGUGGCAGGGGUAUCUUAAACAAAGCCGCUCUACCCGGCUCUCGUGUACCUCUUUGUGGGUCCUGCAAUGGCAACAUUAGGGGUCCGUUUAUUACCGCGUUGGGUCGUAUUUGGUGUCCUGAGCACUUCGUUUGUGUUAGCGCAUCCUGCCGACGUCAGUUGCAAGACAUUGGCUUCGUGGAAGAAAAUGGCCAACUAUACUGCGAGUUCUGCUUCGAGCAAUACAUCGCCCCUCCUUGCGACAAGUGUCAUAACAAGAUAAAACAGGACUGCCUGACCGCUAUCGGCAAACGCUUCCAUCCAGAAUGCUUCAACUGUGUAUACUGCGGCAAACUGUUCGGGAACAGUCCGUUCUUUGUAGAAGACGGCCUGCCAUAUUGUGAAGCAGAUUGGAACGAGCUGUUUACGACCAAAUGUUUCGCUUGCGGUUUCCCCGUGGAGGCCGGCGACAGGUGGGUGGAGGCGCUCAACAAUAACUACCACAGUCAGUGCUUCAACUGCACGGUGUGCAAGAAGAACUUGCAAGGGCAGAGCUUCUUCGCCAAGGGAGGUCGACCUUUCUGCAAGUCUCACGCCCGCUAGAUCUGACACCACAGACGGACAGAUUAUGUACAAUUCCGACACUGUUUACUCUACCACAACCUUCCGACCCAUUUCCGCUUCCCCCACCGUCGAUCAACCAGUUAGGACCAGAAAAUUAGAAACACCCCUCCACUUCGAUGGAGGACUGUUUUCUGAUAUACGAAGCACGGACGGCAAGUUACUCAGCAAAGUGACCGUAGACCGAGUGAGUAGCUCGACGCGCCGUGACGUCAUCGACACACCGCACGUCUUCGAAACAGAGGACGGUUUUGGCAACAAAGGCUUCGUAGACGACAUCGUGAAAACUGAAAAAGUUACCAACGAAGAUAUCAUCAAAGUAAAAUUCACUCCCGUACGCCGAGAGCUAGAUUCCGUACCCUCGUGGUCAAUAGGCAGCGGCUCGGAGUACAAACCCGCGGCUAGGGUUGAUUACCUUAACAACGAUUACGAAGACUUGCAGAGCUACAAAAUCGUCAAUUCUCUGUGCAAACAAAAGAUUUCAGAUCAUCUAGAAACAGAAACGGAUAAAGAAAUGUUGGUCGCGAACGUUUCGACGGACAGAGGACAUAGUCCUUUAGCAAACUUCGUUAUUUCUGAUCAUUUGGUAAAAAUAGAAAACUAUUUGCAGGAAAGUUUGGAUAUUUGUUCAGAAACUAAAAGUCUUGCUGAAGCCAGACUAACGCCUGAAAUUAUAUCCUCAUCCUCGAAACCAGAAAAAGAAUCCGUAAGAGAGGACAUCGUUUCCGAGGACCAUAAACACCAAUAUGAGGCUCCAGCAUCCAACAAUGAUAUAACAAGUCCUGUUAAAAGUUACCAAACGAAUGAAGUUAGUUGUCAUCAUGAAGUUGAUACAAAAGAUCAAAAAGAAUCUCAUCACAAGAAGUCCAAACUAAACAGUGUCAAAACGACAAAACAAGGUGUAAUAACCGCUAUGUAUAAUAUGCCGAUGCACUAUCACGCAGCCAUGAUAUGUUUUGUGUUGGUUGUAUAUAACCUGUUUCAUCAGUACGUUAAGCAAAACUUCGACGGAAAUAAUCGCUUUAUAAAUUAGACGAUACAUUUUAUUUCUAUAUUUCAUAUAAUUUUUUUUUUCUAACAACUAGUCAACAAAUUUUAUAUUAAAUAAAAUUUCAACAUUUCAAAAUUUUUUGAAAAGAUCUUUAUGUGUAAAUAACAGGUAAUGAAGCCAAGCCAGGCCCUUGUUUUAAGAUCUUUGAGUAUUUGGUGCUUAUAUGAAAAAGCUCGCAAACAUAUUGUGAUACUUCACUGCUUUCUGUUAAGGCUUUGUACACAGCUUCCGGAAUGUUCACUAACACUAACGGUAGAAUAUUUUACAGUUGUCAAACCCUGAAAAUAUCUAUUGGUGCACCAAAUUUUAUAUUGUUUACGAAAAUCAAUUGAAACUAUUUUUAAUAAAAAAAAAAUAUAUAACGAAUGUAUACAUGUAUUUCUAAUAAUAUUAUUUUGUUUUUAAUGCUGAUAUAAAUUGUACUAAGGCACAUAAAUGUUGCAUUUUGCAUAUUGAUGUGCCAAAUUUUAUUAUUUAUUUAGAAUUUAUAGCAAUAAAUAAGGUCAAUUAUGUGAGCUUAAAUAAAAUAUUUUAUCCUAUAA